CUGACCUGUCUCUACGCGGCUUAUCCCGCCCCUCAGGUGAUGUGGAUGCGAGAUAACUUCCUCGGGUCGCAACUUCUCAGUGACGAGUAUUUCACCGUCACGCCGCAAGAUGGCCACCCGCCCUUUACCCACAACAUGACGCUCAGCAUGAGGAAUCUGGUUCUCUCUGACUUCGGCGCCUACACCUGCAUCAUCAAGAACUCACAGGGCGAAGCUCGAGGAACAGCUAUACUACGAGAAGUCGUGACCACCACCACCACGACCCCCCCUACCACUACGACCACCUCCCCUCCCCCUUCCUACAAUGACUAUGACGACAACGCUAAGAAUCUGACUGCGCCUCUGGUCGUCAACACGUCACCGGAUCUCACAAGGGGCGGCGCGGGUGUCCAACCAGCGCCCUCCAGAGAGCAGCAUUAUGGCAACAGAAAGUCCAAAAAUAUAGCUAGGAUAAAUAUUAUUGAUGAUAAAAAAAAUGGUGGAAGCAGUCCUAGAGGCGUGCUGGGUGUUGCGUUGUUGCCUGUUAUCCUGCAUCUCGGUUGCAAGAACCUUAUCCUGUAGCCUACCCGCUGAAUUAACUGAUCUUGUGAAUCAGACGAUAUUUCAUUGACCAAAUUCAAAAUGAAGAUUUCAUAAGUCACUAUUCUCUCAAAAGAUUAAUGCCCCUUGCCGCUAUUUCAAGAAGACUGAUUUUAUAAGUCAUGCUGGUCGAAAAAGAGAGAUUUUCUAACCCAUACUGCUCUCGAAAAGAGAGAUUUUCUAAGUCACACUGUUCGAAAAAGAGAGAUUUUUCAAGCCAUACUGCUCUCGAAAAGAGAGAUUUUCUAAGUCAUACUGUUCGAAAAUGACUGAUUUUAUAAGUCAGACUGCUCUUUAAAAACUGUUUUCAUAAGUCAAACUGCUCUCUAAAAAGUAAUUUCAUAAGUCAGACAGAACUUGUAAAAACUGAACCAUAAGUUGCGCUGAUGACUUCCAAGUGGCUUUGUGUGAAUCGUAGCUCGUUUUAUAAACUCAAUAACACCGGAUCUCAUGACUAUAAAAGGAGCAUCAGAUUCUGAGAUCCGAUUCCCCUCUCCUCGUAAAUAGCAGAGGGUUUUCGAUCACCUUGAAGUAAUAUCGGAUUCUUUACACAGGGUCAAAGUGUAUUACCAAUUCAAACCGUGCAAUACAUUGUCUAUCACGGCAAAUGUCGCCAGAAAUUGCAAAUGCACUCAGUGACUGAAUGAUACUGACAUAAUUAUGUGUUAAACGAUGUUGACAGACAAUAACAGUUCGGUGUUGCGUGUAUAAUGUCAUUUUGCAAUUUAUGGAAACCUCGACUUGCAGCUUUGCCAGAGCAACAGUUCGCUCGCGUGAUGUAAGUGGAUUUUCUUUUCGACUUUCGAAAAAGAUUCAUUCAACUUUUUUUUUCCUUUUCUCUAUGGGAAGAGUCAGUAUUUCUGUUCCCUGUCAUUGUGCAUUUGGAAAUAAUCGAAGUGUUUUGAAAGAAAAACAUACAUAAAUGGUAAAAGAAGAAAUUAAGAGGAAUGAUAAUGGAAGUAAAGACGUGAUAAUGAUAGAAUUGAUGAUGAUAACGAGUAUGAUAAUGAUGUUGAAACUUGUGAUAAUAUUAAGGAACACUGAAAUAUAUGAAAAAUGAGAUAAUAAAAAAGUGACAAUAAUACCACUAGUGAUGGUAUUAUAAAAACCACAAAGAAAAUAUAUAUUCAUGAGGAAGAAAAAAAAGAUGCUUAGAAACCUACAUAUAACAGGAAAAAAAAAAAAAAAAAAAAAAAUAUUCAUUGCUAUUUCAAACCAGAUAAAUGCCAUUUCCCAUUUAUUAAUAUGCAUCCUCUUUCUGUAAGGAUUUAUUUUCAUAAAUGGUUUCCAAAAAAAGGUUGACUUGUACAUAUAUCAAAAAGCCAUAUAUGUUUAACCAGACCAAAGCCGGUUGUGGAGGAGAAAGGAUGGUUGUUGUGGGAUG